AUCAUUCUUUUCUCGGUCGUCUCUCCCCCUCACGGCCGGCCGGCGAGCUCCCCUCCUCCUCGCUCUCCCCUGCGGCGGCCCAGGGCGGGGUCUCCUCCUCCGCACCGCUUGCGCCAGUCUCCCGCGACCAGUGCAUUGUGUUUGUAUUUGUGUUCUUUGAUUCACAUUGGAGGGCUGUUUACAUAUAUGAGCAAAAAUGAGUGGUGUACCCAAGAGGUCGCAUGAAGAGGCUAGUCACUCCACACCUGGAAAACGGCCUUUGGAUGACAGCAGCUUGUAUUCAAGCCCUUCUGGGAAACUUGUUCAACCAGGUGGCAGUGAUUUCCAUGGUUCGUUUGAACAUGAUGGAAGAUUUCCCAAAGUUCCACGCAUUGAGUCCCGGGAUGAUAAGAGGCCGUCUCUGGCUCAUAGGAUGCCUAUUGGCUCCUCCAACUUUGUGGAUCACUCAAGCUCAUCUGAUGGCAGAUUAGAAUCAAAACAAAAUAAAGAUCCACGGGACACUAAGGUAGAUGUUCGGGAGGCAAAGGCUGACACUCGGGAUGUCUAUAGUGAUUCCAGGGUUGAAUUUCCAGGUAAUAAAGUUGAGACUGAUGUAAAGACGGACAAUAGGACAGAUGAGAAUGAAAUAAGAGCCGACAGACGGACACAUGGUGACUACAAAGGUGAUGCCAAAUUGGACAAAGAUGGUCAUCCUACAGCAAUUUCAAACAUAGCCUGGAAAGAUAACAAAGAACAUAGGGGCAAAAGAAAUAUUGAUCCUUCUGAUAAUUCAGAAUGGCGCUUUCCCCGCCCUAGCUUGCAAGGAACAGAUGAAUCUGCCAAAGUUCCAGCUCAUGCAGAUGAGCGGUCCAAGGAUGCUCAUGAAUCUACUGGUGAGAAUAAAACUGAACCUAGAACUGAAGAUAAGUUUAGAGACAAGGACAGGAAAAAGAAGGAUGAAAAGCAUAGGGAAUUUGGCACAAGAGACAAUGAUAGAAAUGAUCGCCGAAUUGGUAUUCAGCUUGGAGGCAAUAGUGUUGAACGAAAAGAAAACCAGAGGGAAGAUAGGGAUGCUGAAAAGUGGGACAGGGAAAGGAAAGAUUCGCAGAAGGACAAGGAAGGGAAUGAUAGGGAGAAGGAUCCUGCAAAGGAGUCAUCAGUAGCAACUGAAAAGGAUAAUGCAAUACUGGAAAAAACUGCAUCUGAUGGAGCUGUUAAAAGUGCUGAGCAUGAGAAUAAAACAAUAGAACAGAAGACACUUAAAGAUGACACAUGGAAAUCACAUGAUAGAGAUCCUAAGGACAAGAAAAGAGAAAAGGAUAUGGAUGCAGGCGAAAGGCAUGACCAGAGGAGUAAAUAUAAUGACAAGGAAUCAGAUGAUACUUUCACUGAAGGAGAUAUAGAGAAGGAUAAGGAAGCCCUUGGAAGUGUCCAACGCAGGAGGAUGGUGCGACCAAGGGGUGGUAGUCAAGCAUCCCAACGAGACCAUCGAUUUCGGUCUAGGGUGCGUGAUGGCGAAGGAUCUCAAGAUAAGUCUGAGGUAUCAGCAAUUGUUUAUAAAGCUGGUGAGUGCAUGCAAGAGCUUCUGAAAUCAUGGAAAGAGUUUGAAGCAACCCCAGAAGCUAAAAAUGCUGAAAGUGUGCAAAAUGGUCCUACUCUUGAAAUUCGUAUACCUGCGGAAUUUGUUACGUCCACUAACCGUCAAGUAAAAGGUGCUCAACUUUGGGGAACGGAUGUUUACACGAACGAUUCAGAUCUUGUUGCUGUGCUAAUGCAUACUGGUUACUGCUCCCCUACAUCAUCACCUCCACCAUCUGCAAUCCAAGAGCUACGGGCAACUGUUCGAGUUCUACCCCCACAAGACAGCUAUACUUCAACUUUAAGGAACAAUGUACGUUCACGUGCUUGGGGUGCUGGUAUUGGUUGUAGCUUUCGCAUAGAACGCUGCUGCAUUGUUAAGAAAGGUGGUGGUACUAUUGAUCUUGAGCCUCGCCUUAGCCAUACAUCAGCCGUAGAGCCUACACUUGCCCCGGUUGCAGUGGAGCGUACAAUGACAACAAGAGCGGCAGCUUCUAAUGCCUUACGUCAACAAAGAUUUGUUCGGGAAGUCACUAUACAGUACAAUCUCUGCAAUGAACCAUGGUUGAAAUAUAGCAUAAGCAUUGUGGCUGACAAGGGAUUGAAGAAGUCUCUAUAUACUUCUGCAAGGCUAAAGAAGGGUGAAGUUAUAUACUUGGAAACACAUUAUAAUAGUUUUCACAGGUAUGAGCUGUGCUUCAGUGGAGAAAAGACUCGCUCUAUUGGGUCAAGCUCGAACGCAUCGGAUGCAGAACCGGAGAAACACCAGAAUAGUGGCCACCACCACCACCAUUCACAAAAUGGGGAAAGGGCCUCUAUGGAACAUGAACUCCGUGACUUGUUCCGGUGGUCUCGUUGUAAGAAGGCCAUGCCUGAGACUGCCAUGCGCUCCACUGGUAUCCCGUUGCCACCCGAUCAACUUGAGGUGCUGCAAGACAAUUUGGAAUGGGAGGAUGUGCAGUGGUCACAGACCGGUGUCUGGGUUGCUGGGAAGGAGUAUCCUCUUGCCCGGGUGCAUUUCCUCUCGGCAAACUAAAGCCUUCCAGCCCCUGAAGUGGGUGGUAGCGGCAGGUCCAUG